AUGUGUAUAACCCGGGAUCUCACCAUUCAACCGUGCGCUUCCUCGUACUUGCAGUCCACUAAUUAUGAUCUUGUUACCUCGAACUUUGUUAUUCCGGAAUUUCGCCCGGCCAAUUUGACCGCGGAUAGCGUCCAAUACUUGAAUGCAGGAGUUGGCCUUCAGUGCACUAUUCGUAUCUUCGUAUUUGUCGGUUUCUCAAUUAAUCCCAAUGGGACUGUUCAAGUCUUUGCACAGGCACCCAUUCCCCCGGUAGUAUCCUUCAAUGCCAGGGAUAUAGCUAGGAUAACUGUAGAAGUGUCGGACAACGGAUACAACGGAACUGUUGAGAAUUUAACCACUGGCCGCGCGGCGAAAGGAUACAUGCCUUCAGUUAUACCUCCUGUCUGUACCGCGGCAUCAUGGGGUAUCGAGGGGCCCAACUCUCAGUCUUUUGUGGGCAGUAUCAAUUUCUACAACACGUUCGCUCGUCACGAUCGCAAACACGGGGGGCUGGAAGUUGGUCCGAGGGGAGCGACCAUUCAAAACAUCGUUACACCUAACGGGACACACCUUACUUCCACUAACAUCACCUCUGCCUCAGAAAUAGCCAUCUCAUAUCUCUGA